GCAUAUACAAAUAUUCAGAGAACCAGAUGUUAGUAAACUGAAGAAAAACUAUUGCCGCAAUCCAGAUGAUGAUUUUCACGGUCCGUGGUGUUACACAGAUGAUCCUCUUGUUCCCUGGGAUUACUGUCCUAUUUCUCGAUGUGAAGGUGAUACAACUCCUACUACAACUAGCUUGGAUGAUCCUGUCAUUCCUUGUGCCUCAACAAAACAUUUGAGAGUUGUAAAUGGAAUCCCAACACAAACUAAUGAAGGAUGGGUGGUUAGUUUGACAUACAGGAAUAAGCAUAUCUGUGGAGGUACUUUGAUAAAGGAAGAGUGGGUUCUAACAGCAAGGCAGUGUUUCCCUUCUCGGUACAAAGAUUUGAAAGACUACAAAGCCUGGCUUGGAGUCCAUAAUAUCAAAGGAAAGGGAGAGGAAAAGCAUAGACAAGUUCUGAAUAUCUCCCAGUUGGUAUAUGGCCCCUCAGGGUCAGAUUUGGUCUUACUGAAACUUAGCAGACCUGCCAUAUUGACAAAUUUUGUAGAAAUAAUCCGAUUGCCCAUUUCUGGAUGUACCAUUCCAGAGAAGACCAGUUGCAGUGUUUAUGGAUGGGGAUACACUGGAUUAAUUAACUAUGAUGGCCUUCUCCGGGUAGCAAACCUGUUUAUUUUGGGUAAUGAGAAAUGCAACCAAUAUCUCAAAGGGAAGAUCACUGUAAAUGAGUCAGAAAUCUGUGCUGUCGCUGAAACCAUCGGUGCUGGACCUUGUGAGCGAGAUUAUGGUGGUCCCUUGGUUUGUGAACAGAACAGGCUGAAGAUAGUAGUUGGUGUCAUUGUUCCUGGGCGUGGAUGUGCCAUCCGAAACCGUCCUGGGAUUUUUGUUCGGGUCUCAUAUUACUCCCGGUGGUUACACAAGAUUAUGAUGACCUACAGAAAACCCUGAAAAACUCAACAACUUCCAUUCAAAGAAAGAUUUUGGACAACAUGGAAUUAAUAUGUAAUGUAAAGAUCAACAAUUUUUUAACUACUUGACAGUCAAGUUUGUUGAGCUUCUUUUAAUAUUUAUGGGUGUUUUUAGCGUUUUUGUCUAUCAAUGUUGUUUUAUAAAUGUUAGAGUGGCUUACAGUAUAUGCAAGUAUGGUGACAUAUCUCCUGAAGAUACUUGAAUGGGUAAACACUUUUGCAAAGAUAUUAUUACUGGAUGAUAAAAGGUUUUGUAGAAAUAGAUCAUAUGACCUCUUUUAUGCUGCUCUUCAGAUUAUCUUAGAAGGAGAAACAAAUUAUAGUUUUAUUUAACACAUCUUAGUCUUUCUAUGAGCCAUAUAUUUCUCUUUGUACAUGACAAAAGCCCUACUGAGAGAUAUAUGCAUAUGCCAAGGACAGCAUAUAUGAUCAUAUUUCUCUUCCCCGCUUAUAAGAGGUCAAAGAUUUCUAUGUUUCAUUAAAAAUAAUUUCUUUAGAAAUUAUUCUUUUCAUUAUUGAUGGACUUUGACAUGCCUGCCAUAAGCAGAGUUCUCACAGAAGUCAAUAUCACUUCCUUUUACAGUGUUUAUAGACUCUAGUUCUGCACUUGGUCCCUUCCUUCAGUGUGUAUGUGGUCCCCUACCAGAUAUCUCAAAAACCCUUUUGGAUGAGGGAAGAGACACAGAAGUGGAUUGGUUAGCAAACUAUCAAUCAUUCAGUUGAUUCCUGUUAUUUCGUGAAAGUAACUCUGUAUUUACAGCAGGA